AUGGCCACGUUGCUGCUAGCCAACACGGAAAGCUUGACAAAACUGGUGGCUCAAUUCAAUUGCUUUCUCUUAGAUAAGGAGGGCGAGCCAGAUGCCUACCGAAAGCCCACCGAGUUCACCAGUGCAUUGAGUUUGAUUGCAACAAAAACGAUCGAACACACUGACUUGGAAGGACAAAUGGAGUACAGCGCAAUCGAAAAAGCAAUUGAAACAUACGGAAGAUGGCUGUUCUACUCCGAAAGCUCGUGCUCUGACUUGGUGAUGGCGACGGACAAGAGAACGGAGCCUUUCGAACCAUUAGAAGAAGUCUUGAACACUUGUGAAGGAGAAGCCAACGAUCAAAAGAUCCGACUCAAACUCCGUUCGCUUUUUGAGUCCCCAGAGGUCAACAUCAGCGCGUUUCUCAGCGUUGUAAGAAAGGUUCUUCCAACGGAAAACGCUUGCAUGGCAGCCCCACAGUUUCAUAGGGCCGCCGAAGAACGGGAGAUCGUCCCCAUGUUGUUAUCCCUAAUUGUGCAGGCCGCCUGUAUUCCUGGAGAGCUCGACAAUAGUCUCCUCCAGGAGCCGGCACUGGAGAAUAUCCAACGUUUCUUCUAUUUGGCGUUCAAACAUGGAACGUCAACUCUAACGGGGCCCUCCGAUAGUUGGUACGCAUGUCAGUACUGCACCAGGUGGGUAUUGUUCCAUGCUGGAAUCCUUCCUAUGUACGUGGAACGGGUAAAGGAUCCAAACGUGGUUGUCACAUGUGGGGCAUCUGGAUACGGCUCCAUGUGCGAUAUGCUCCACAACAGCAGAACUGAGCAACAAAGAGCUAAUGAGGAGCUCGAAGAAGCUAGGGCGGCCCUGCAAGAAGCAUCGAAGAAGCGUUCUCGAGACGAAGAGAACCUCGAUGGUUUACGGGCGGAGCUACACAGCAGCAGAACUGAACAACAAAGAGCUGAUGAGAACCUUGAUGGUUUGUGGGCGGAGCUACACAGCAGCAGAACUGAACAACAAAGAGCUGAUGAGGAGCUCGAUGGUUUGCGGGCGGAGCUACACAGCAGCAGAGCUGAGCUACACAGCAGCAGAACUGAACAACAAAGAGCUGAUGAGAACCUCGAUGGUUUACGGGCGGAGCUACACAGCAGCAGAACUGAGCAACAAAGAGCUAAAGAGAACCUUGAUGGUUUACGGGCGGAGGUACACAGCAGCAGAACUGAGCAACAAAGAGCUAAUGAGGAGCUCAAAGAAGCUAGGGCGGCCCUGCAAGAAGCAUCAAAGAAGCGUUCUCGAGACGAAGAGAACCUCGAUGGUUUACGGGCGGAGCUCCGAAAUGCCAACGAUGAAAUGGUUGCAACAAAGCGGCGUUGUAUCAAGGAGCUAGUACGCCAAACCUGUGUUCUAGAGGAUCGGUGUAGUGUGCUGGAGCAAGAUCCAGAGAGACACAGUCAUGCCAAAUUUCGUGCGCUUAACAAGGCAUUGGAAACAAUGAAGGCGCAUGCCGACAUUGCCCACCAACACAAUGAUGAUACUGUAGGAGAGUUGGUGCGGUACGAACAACAACUAAGAAGAAUGGAUACACUUCUUGACGCUCAUGUAAAGCAAUACGGCGACCCAGAAGAUAUUGUGAAGAUCUUUAGACAGCAGGAAGCCAUCAUCAGGAGUCUGCAGGAUAGGAUACCUGCGGAUUCCGCGGCGGCUAGUCAUAUUGGUGAUGUCAGAUUGGCUCAGGAUUCCAAUCCUCAAGGGGAAGGCGACCCCUUCAAUGUUGACGACGCCCCGGAUCAAGGAAACAACGCUGACAAUGGUCCGGAAGGGAACUUUGACAACGAAGUAGAAGGUGAUCCUGCUCCCGACAAUAGUCAAGAAGGUGAUGAUGUUGCUCCCAACAAUGGUCAAGGAAGCAACGUUGACAAUGGUCCAGAAGGGAACGUUGACAACAAAGUACAAGAAGGUGAUCCUGCGCCCGACAAUAGUCAAGAAGGUGAUGAUGUUGCUCCCGACAAUGGUCAAGGAAGCAACGUUGACAAUGGUCCAGAAGGGAACGUUGACGUUGACAAUGAAGUACAAGAAGGUGAUCCUGCGCCCGACAAUAGUCAAGAAGGUGAUGAUGUUGCUCCCGACAAUGGUCAAGGAAGCAACGUUGACAAUGGUCCAGAAGGGAACGUUGACAACGAAGUACAAGAAGGUGAUCCUGCGCCCGACAAUAGUCAAGAAGGUGAUGAUGACGAUGUUGUCGUGGCAAUAGGCAGAUACGUACCAUGCCCUUUCACUACCAUCUCGGGCAUGCCUUGUAGGGCUUUUGGUAAUGUCAGCGUUUGUUAUCUCGACAGGCCGAGAUUGACUACCCAUGUCAAUUGUCCUCUUUGGUGGCCAAAGGCGGAAUCAACUUUGGUUAACGCCGUACACCAGUCGCUUCUUUCAAUCCUUGAGCCUUGA